AUGCAUAGGAUACCUCUACCUCACGAGGAUCCGUCAGCUCACACCGCCGAUGACCAAACCCGCAGUCACUUGCUGCCGAGCGUUGAAGGCAACACACGACAAGAACCAAAGACUUCAAAGUAUGCCGCUUGCGUCGAAGAAUAUGACGAGUCUAGUGUGACUUCAGGGUCAUAUGACAAGUCUCCACAAGUUUCGUUUACACGUUCAUCAGAAGAAGGAGACGAAGAAGAAGAUAUCAGUUUUUCGAGCGAUGCGGCUUCCGCGCGACUGCGCCCGCGAAGCAACGCCUCCAGCCAAAUCCCCACCCGUACCAAGCCUAGCAACAGCAUCCAUAUUCAGAUCGAUCCCCAAUGUCCUCAUGACGUCACAAUUCAUUCAGAGCUCAGCGCUACCGAUGAUCUGGACGAAGAAUUGGAGCAAUAUUCAAGACUUGUGAGAUUGGGACGAUUUGAAGAUGCUCAGAGAUAUUUUGACUAUUGUCUGUUGCAUUUCAUUGACAAUCCGUACAUCAUUGAUUUGUACUGUAGAAGUCUUUUCGCAAGGUGGGAUUUCCACGCACUUUCUCAAGUCGAGGAAAAAUAUGCUUCGAGACUGCGCCCUGGAAUCCUCAAAGCAAGUUUUCACACGCGCUUGGAAUUGGCUAGAAGGCAGUGUGGAAAUGUGCUGGAGGACGAAAGAGUAUCCCCGAAAAUACAGAAAUGGUUAGAUGAUGCGGAUUUCAUAGAGGAACACUGGCCUAAGUUGGACUCCACGGAGAUCAGAACUCUGAGCUCAUUGUUGUCCUUGAGUAACACUAACCUUCUCGGACCCGGCGAACUCGCUCAAGUCUACUCGAAUCUAAGAGACGAAGGUAGGAUUUGGGACUUCAGAGACUUGUUGGAAAAUCUCCUACCUAUCUGCCGAAAUUCUACUUACCGGGCCCUCGAAACUUUACUCGCAAACGAAGAUAAGAAAGGUGAAGAUACCGAUGAAAAUCUUGCUCAGUUGGUUGAAAGAAUUAGAGAAGAUUGGGAAACAAUCGCGCCGGACGAAGAAUCGUCAUUUGCUCUACUGGAUAUUUUCACGACUCUGACUCUGACUUCCAUGGGCGCCCGCACGAACGCUAUGGUGAAGACAAUAUUUGAGCUUGCCACAAAGCAUGCUCUUGAGGUUGUUGGGAUACAAUCAACUAAUACGAAGUCUCGGCCAUAUCUUCGGUGGAUCAUCACAAAAGUCUUGCUGGAGCAAUAUGUUGACCACAAGAUCACCGGAGUCUUUGCCCUUGCGUCUCACUUAAACAGCCUACCGGGGCUGUGUCUUCCUUUAGAGAUUCAGGUUCCCAUGAACUAUGCGAUCAUAUACGCACCGGUCGACGACGAGACGCCCAAGUGGCAACCAGACCCAUCUACGACUUCAGGGCAUGACGGAGCUCUUCGAACUGUUCUCCGGGUCGCGGAAGAGCUAGGAGAUACUCCAAUGCAAGCGACUUGCCUUCAACUUCUCAUUUAUCAAUGUUCUCAGCCAAAGCUCCUCCUAGAUAAGCUGGGCGACUUAUGGCGCUCAACGGGAUCGCCCCUGGGCUAUCUCAACACGCGCCUAUACUGCUACAUACCAGCCUCUCUCACGACACCUGAAUCCCGCGAAAGCAUCCGUAGGGAAAUUCUUCUCGCUGGUGAAAUCCCAUCUAGGGGAUCAGCUUCGCGUGCCAAAAACAUGAUUUUGAGGGCGCUUUCAUCGAAUAAAGAAGAGAAAGACGUAUACCUAAGUAGAGCUCUGCGAGCCUUCCCAUAUAACAACCACCCGCGUUCCUUACAUAUGAAGAAAGACGACGGGGGACCGAGUAAGACACAUCAUCGACCAAGCUUAAUCGUUCCACCUCGAGAUGCCACAGCCGGUCCUUCGAAUGCAGCGAAACAGUUUCGGAAUCAUGCCGAAGCUGAGUUAAACUGGUGUGGUCCGAACCAAUUGAGGGCAAAUCCGACUCGAGGUUGCGAAACCUCUCCCAAAGAGACCUCACAUCUGCCGCCAAAUAUCAAAUCAACACAGCAAUCAACAUUUGACAGUCGAGCUAACAUACAGCCACAACUUGCAGCUGGUGCUCAACCAGCAUCUGAUCCUCAACCCACGCCUGGUGUUCAGCCUGUACCCAAACCCCCUCAAAAUGCGCAGUAUGCAGAUGACAUAUCUCACUGGUUAGGAAUCAACCUAGCUGGUCGCUGA